AUGGCUACUCUCCAAACCCCUUCUUCUCUCUUCAGAUCUUUCCUUCUAACGCUCUGCCUCUUCGUAAUCCCAUCUCUCUCAUCCGAUUCUGACCCUUUACAAGACUUUUGCGUUGGCGAUCUCAAAGCUUCUCCUUCCAUCAAUGGCUUCCCUUGCAAAUCAUCAGUCUCCGCUUCUGACUUCUUCUUCUCCGUCUUAGGUGGUCCUAUAAACACCUCAAACCCUAACGGCGUAACCGUUUCUCCCGCCAACGUCUUAACGUUCCCGGGUCUGAACACUUUAGGGCUCUCGAUGAACAACGUUGAGUUCGCUCCAGGGGGUGUGAAUCCUCCCCACUCGCACCCGCGUGCAACCGAAGCAGGAAUCGUGAUCAAAGGCUCGGUUUUUGUCGGGUUCUUGACGACGAACAACACUUUGUUCUCGAAGGUUAUCAGUGCCGGAGAGAUGUUUGUCGUCCCAAGAGGAUUGGUUCAUUUCCAGUGGAACGUUGGUAAAGGGAAAGCGCGUUUGAUAACCGCUUUCAACAGUCAGCUUCCAGGCUCCGCUGUUCUGCCUAGUACUCUGUUUGGUUCAAUGCCUGAGAUUCCAAACGCGGUUUUGACUAAAACGUUUAGGACUGAUGAUGAAACUGUGAACAAACUCAAGUCCAAGUUUGCUGUUUGA